AUGUCGGAGUCCAGGCCUAACGUGGUCUCUGGCGACGGGACGCCCAUGGCUCAUGAUUCCAUCAUACCUCUCGAAAGCUUAAGCUCUCCCGGGGAAAUCGCUGAGGAAAGCCUCAUGGACGAAGACGAUCUCACGCGCUCUUCGACCGACUUCUCUCUCGCAUCUGAGUCCACCGUCCAAGGUGAUGACGAGUUUGCAGCUCCUUUUUCGAAGAAGCACAAGAAACACAAGCACAAGAAGCAUAAGAAGAAGGAGUUGCCCAGCGAAGACCCAAAAGGAAAAACCCCUUUGAAACUCACCAUCAAGUUCGGAGGGCUCACCGUAGGGGAAAAGAGGUUUCGCGUCGGCCAGGAUGAGGUGGCUGGCACCAGCCGGGGAAAAGGGAGCAGGAAGAAGGUGGACAUCGAAGAGGAAGAAUGGCUCAACGCGAUCGAGGCCGGAAAACUCGACGAAGUUGACAGUGAGUUGAGGAGCAUGAAGGACAAAAGGUUCAUGACGGCUAGGCAGAGAGCCCUUCACGAGCGGAAGACCGAGGGCCCUCCGCCAGGCGAGGACUCGUCGACGAUGGGGAGCUUUCCGGAGAAGGAGAUGACGGAGGAGAUGGUCCAGAAGAGGGCCCAGCAGGCGGAAAGGCGGCGGAAACAGGAACACGAGAAGAAGGAGAGGACCAAGAUGGAGACGGUGGAGCGGCUCCUUCGGAAGCGGGACUCCAAGACCGUGCGCGCGAUCAAGGGCAGCAAGGACAAGUCCAAGUUCCAGGGCCCCAUCAUGACCUACAGGUCCAGCGUGCACGACGGAGCCUCGAUCACGAUGCCCAAGAACAUGGCUUUCCCCCUGAAACCUCAGUGCCCCAAGAGUGCGCCAGAAGCCCGUCUCUGCGGCGUUCCCGGAUGCACGAAUCCUCGGAAAUAUGCCUGCUCCAAGACUGGAAUCUCCCUCUGUGGACUUGAGUGUUAUAAGAAGAAUCUCCUUCUGUACAAACCAUCAGAAAGUGUUCUAGUUGCUUGACUCAACCAAACCCAUUUUGUGUUCAAAUUUUCGCAUAUAAAUUAUAUUUGCAAUUA